CCGAUUCCAUUUGCGUUCUUUGAAGGGCUAUAUCCUACCUGUGAGAUUGGUGUUUGUAUCUUAAGCUUUACCCAUCUUUGACCAAAACUAUAAUCCAAAUUGGUUUAUGUUUCCAGGCAUCUUUUAGACUUUGAGACCUGCUUCAUUUGGAGAUCUUUACCCUUUAAAUUAACACUAGAAAAGACAGUAUUUUUCCUUUUCUGACUAAGUGUAUAUUCUUGCUGUCUCCCAGACCCUGUCAUUCCUUUUGAAAAAGCAUCAAUCUUUCCCGAAGUCUUGGAGACAUUCUCCUAAGAGCUCCAGCCCUUCCUGUGAUUUAAAUGCAUUCCUAGCCAACUUGACAGCAGUAGGAAAAAACCCUCACAGGUGUGAAGGCCAAGCAUUCAUCUCCAUUUGGGAUUAAGACUUAGUCUGUGGUCAGGCAUCCCAGAAAUUGUAGCAGCAAUACAAAUGUCAAAUACUGCACUCUGCAAGUAACAUUACCCAGGCUACAUCAUGACCUUCUUCACUGUAACACGCCAUAAAGAAAAGGUAGAGUGGAGCAAGGAAAUUUAAUUUAUUUAUUUACAAAAUUAAAAUCUAAUUUACAUAGUAGAAGAAAAGAUACUGGCAUGUCUUCUCAUGAGAGGAGGAACAAGAAUCCACAUUAUUACAGCUCACUCCCAUACAGCUACAGCUCUGUUCUGCCAGAGAAGACUGUGGCUCAAGGCUCUCUCAGGAGCAUCUUUAAUAAAUUUCCCUAUGAAAAGUCACUUCAGAUUGUAAGUUAUGAUGCUUAAUAUAAAAACAUUAAAUUCUUUGGUUACCAAGAAGGCCAUAACCCAGUUCCUUAACACAGGCAGCAUUGGACACACCUCAAGCUAAACGUGGGAAGAUUUCAGGUAUCACCAGCCAUGGAACAGGACUACAGCAACGGGCAAACCCUGCAAUUACAAACAGAAGAAAAUAAAUGCAAGUUAAGUACAUAUUAAAGGAAAAAGUAAAUAAUGUCCAAAUUAAUCCAGUAAGGGGGAUGCAGUUUUCAUGUUCAGAUUCUUGGACGGUUCCAGCAACACGCUGCCUCUAACAGAAGGACAGAGAAUAAGUGAUUUUUAAGGCAGUAUGAUAAACGCUAGUGCAUUUUAUAUCAUAUUAAUUACAGGAAUAUUCUUAACGAGCAGAAAUUGCCGCCCUCGGGUACGAGUCGCAGGCAGGGCACCCCAGCGGGCAGCGAGACGCCUCAGCAGCCCCGGCCCGGGGAGCGGGAGCGCCGCGGCGGGCAGUGAUGACGUAAGGAGUGCGCCGGAAGCCACCUGACUGGAGAGCGGCUGGCGCUCCGUGUCCCCGGUGCCGCCGGUUCUCCCGGCUCGGCCAGGCCCGGCCUCCCCCGCCCCUUGCAGCACUCGGCGCUCCUCAGGCCCCGGGCUCGCCCCCUUUCCUCCCGCCGCGGGUGCCUGUAGGCUGUGGCGCGGGCCGCGGAAGUGCCGGGAGCCGGUCCUGCCGUGGAGCGAUGGCCGCAGGGAAGCCCCAGCCCGGUCCGGGCUCCGGGGGGCCGCGCGAGCAGUGGCGACUGCCCGCCGAAGGACACCCCGCGCCGGGCCGACUCCUGAGGUAAAUUUUUCCAUAGCCUUAUGGAGAAAAAGGACUUUGAAGCAUGGCUUGAUAACAUUUCUAUUACAUUUCUUUCUCUGACGGACUUGCAGAAAAAUGAAACUCUGGAUCACCUGAUUAGCUUGAGUGGAGCAGUCCAGCUCAGGCACCUCUCCAAUAAUUUAGAGAUUCUCCUCAAGAGGGACUUCCUCAAACUUCUUCCAUUGGAACUUAGUUUUUAUCUGUUAAAAUGGCUUGAUCCUCAGACCUUACUCACAUGUUGCCUCGUCUCUAAGCAGUGGAACAAGGUUAUAAGUGCCUGUACAGAGGUGUGGCAGACUGCAUGUAAGAAUCUGGGUUGGCAGAUAGAUGACUCUGUUCAAGAUCCUCUACAUUGGAAGAAGGUUUACCUAAAGGCUAUUUUAAGGAUGAAACAACUGAAGGACCACGAAGCCUUUGAGACAUCCUCUUUAAUUGGACACAGUGCCAGAGUAUAUGCACUUUACUAUAAAGAUGGACUUCUGUGUACAGGAUCAGAUGACUUGUCUGCAAAACUGUGGGAUGUAAGCACAGGUCAGUGCAUAUAUGGUAUCCAGACACACACUUGUGCUGCAGUGAAGUUUGAUGAACAAAAGCUUGUCACAGGAUCUUUUGAUAACACAGUAGCCUGUUGGGAAUGGAGCUCUGGAGCAAAAACACAGCAUUUUAGAGGACACACUGGCGCAGUUUUUAGUGUGGAUUACAAUGAUGAACUUGAUGUUCUGGUCAGUGGCUCUGCAGACUUCACUGUGAAAGUAUGGGCCUUAUCAACAGGAACGUGCCUGAAUACCCUUACUGGACACACAGAAUGGGUCACUAAGGUAGUUUUGCAGAAGUGCAAAGUCAAAUCUCUUAUGCAUAGUCCUGGGGAUCAUAUUCUCCUAAGUGCAGAUAAGUAUGAAAUCAAGAUUUGGCCUAUUGGAAGGGAAAUAAACUGCAAGUGCUUAAAAACACUGUCUGUUUCUGAAGAUCGCAGCAUCUCCCUACAGCCCAGACUGCACUUUGAUGGUAAAUACAUAGUGUGCAGUUCAGCACUAGGACUGUACCAGUGGGACUUUGCCAGCUAUGAUAUUCUCAGGGUUAUCAAACCUCCAGACUUCUUAAAUGUGUCCUUGCUGGGCUUUGGAGAGAUAUUUGCUCUACUAUUUGAUAACAGAUACCUGUAUAUAAUGGACUUGAGGACAGAAAAACUGAUAAGCCGCUGGCCACUACCAGAAUAUAGAAAGUCAAAGAGAGGUUCAAGUUUUUUGGCUGGUGAAAUGUCUUGGUUAAAUGGACUAAAUGGCCAAAACGAUACGGGCUUGGUUUUUGCCACCAGUAUGCCAGACCAUAGCAUCCAUUUAGUGUUAUGGAAAGAACAUGGCUGAAAAGCUCACAUAUGCAGAAUCUUCAGGAAUAUAUGGACUGUCAGCAGCGUGUCCAUAAAAUGAGACUUUGCAUGAACCAAAGUUGCGCACCCAAUGGUAUCAUCAUGCAAUGCACAAUCAUUUACUUUUAUUUGGGCAUUUGGGCAUGGGUUGUUUUGGACAUAAUGCAAUACAGCAUGCUAACAGUAUUCACCACAACAUUUUGUCUAUACUCAUGUUUAAAUAUACCUAUUUGGGUUCUGAAGCAUAGCUUGUAAUGUUUAAACCAUUCAAGUCUGCUGUCAAGUCUGAAAUGAAGUAGUGCUUGACCUGACUUCUGACUUCACAGAAGGUGAAGCUACUAUUUUAGAACCAUAGGCUUUUAUACAUCUAACAGCAAAUACUGGUUACAGUGCAUGGCUGCUUAACAAAAAUGAGAAGAUAGCAAACCUUUUCUAUCUCCAGAAUCUUUCUCCAAAAUGUUUUUCUUUCUGGUAGCUUUAAAUACUUAGCCUUUGAAAUAGAAGAAUCACAUGAGCCCUUUAACUAGGAUCAGAUGUUAACAAUAAUAAUUUCUUUAAGUUCAGGAACAUGUCAAUGUGAUUUCUCCUCAGCAAGAAUGAGGCAACUUUUCAUCUCUUGACAGAGCUUGCCAUCGCAGUUAACCGCAGAGAACCUCUGACAGUGUUCAUCAUAACUCAGAAUGGCUUGAUCAGUAUUUUAUAGUCCUUAUUUCCUGUAGUUUGUGUUAGAACAUAAUUUAGUUCACAGGUAGGUAGAAAUAUAGUGAAUAGGAAGGUGAUUUCGAUCUCUACAAUAAGUCACUUUCUUAUAUUAAAUUAUGUCUACCAGCCAUUCACUUUUUCCAGAAGUUGCAGUUAACAUAAUGCACUUAAAGUACUUGCUACAUCUAGAGUUGGAAAGCAGGGGCAAAUGACAGAAUGCCACAUCUCUGGGGAAAAAAAAAAAGAAAAAAAUCAAAAGUCUGCCGGAAAGCACAGGAGUUGAAAAAAGGUCUUAUUGAUCAUCAGAGACCUGACGUACAGAAGGUAACUGCUGAGUAGCAAAUACUUGUUCACAUACUUUUGUGCUAUUUAACAUGUACUUAAAAGCUGUAUCUAUGACAUCACGUGCUUUAGAAACGCUUUAGGUUGGUUUCCCCUCCUCCCUUAAAAUAAAAUCUCCCCUUAAUGUC